AUGAGUAAUGGAGAAGAGGUUAAUGAGGACCCCUUUAGGGUAGACAAAUUGAUUUUAGACUACGAUUACCUGAUUUACAGGAUUAAAGACCAUGUUUUGUCGAUUCAUCUGGAAACCACAGAUAUUUGCAGGAAGCAGAAUAAGUUGAUUACCGAGGGAAUUGUAGAGGAUAUUAUAGAUGCCAAUAUCAAGGGUAUAGAAGAGUUGCUUCAGAAAUGUGGUGAGUUGGAGAAAUAUUUUGUGCAACUGAAUGCUAUUGAUUCAAUAGUGGGCACGUUCCGUGAGAGGUUGGAUAGUAUAAUAAAACAAUAUUACGAUAUUAAAGUACAUAAUGAACGUAUCUCCGAAGAUAAUACAACUACCAAGUAA